AUGGGCAAGGCAGCGAAGAAAAAAUACUCUGGCAUUUCUACUGGGAAGGAAGUUCCCUCCGAGCAGCACAUGAAUACAGUGUUCAAGUUUAAUACCGAUCUAGGUCAGCAUAUUCUGAAAAACCCCUUGGUUGCUCAGGGAAUUGUCGAUAAGGCACAGAUAAAACCGUCAGAUAUUGUCCUGGAGGUGGGUCCUGGUACCGGUAACCUGACGGUCCGCAUUUUGGAGCAAGCCAGAAAGGUGGUGGCGGUCGAAUUUGAUCCGCGAAUGGCGGCUGAGUUGACCAAGCGUGUGCACGGUACGCCGGCGGAGAAGAAACUUGAGAUCAUGUUGGGCGACUUCAUGAAGACCGAGCUGCCCUACUUUGAUAUUUGCAUCAGUAAUACCCCUUAUCAGAUCUCAUCGCCACUGGUGUUCAAGCUUAUCAACCAGCCCCGCCCACCACGUGUGUCCAUUCUGAUGUUCCAGCGAGAGUUUGCGAUGCGUCUGCUUGCUCGCCCGGGUGACUCCUUGUACUGUAGACUUUCUGCGAACGUGCAGAUGUGGGCCAAUGUAACCCAUGUCAUGAAGGUUGGUCGUAAUAAUUUCCGCCCCCCACCACAGGUGGAGUCCAGUGUGGUACGGAUCGAGAUCAAAACCCCCCGCCCUCCUGUGGACUUCAAUGAGUGGGAUGGCUUACUGAGAAUCGUGUUCGUCAGGAAGAAUAGAACGAUCUCUGCAGGAUUCAAGUCCACUGCUGUAUUAGAAAUAAUGGAGAAGAAUUACAAGGCUUACUUGGCCACGACUAAUGAUGCUAUGGUCGAUGACGCGAAGGGAUCUUUGGCGGAACAAGUAAAACAGAAGAUCGAGACUGUCCUUGCAGAAACUGGGUUAUCUGACAAGAGAGCAGGAAAGUGCGACCAGACUGAUUUCUUGAAAUUGCUCUACGCUUUUCACCAGGUUGGGCUUCAUUUUUCAUAA